AUGGCAAUGAAAGCCUUGAAAAAGGUCAAGCAGAAAGGAUCCUUGAAAAAGGACCAGGGAGGAUCCUUGAAAAAGGACCAGGAAGGAUCCUUGAAAAAGGACCAGACACUGAAUAAGGGCAACUUGAAAAAGUUGGGGGAGCUAAGCCUGAAGGAUAAAAUCCUGAAGGCAGCUGAAGAGCACCCAGAUAAUGAGGAGACCCAAGCCCUGGUGCUUCAGGAAUCCAUGUCAGCUGUUGACAAAAGCAAUGCAUGGAACCAGCACCAAGUCCACUUGAAAAAGAAGGGCAAUGAAUCCUUGAAAAAGGAGUUCGAUGAGAUGGACAAGAAGGGCAAGGGGCUGAGCACUGCUUUGUUCUUGCUGAAGAAGAACAAAAGCUUGUUUGCCAGUGUCUCCAAGGGUGUCAGCCAGGAAGUCUCCUUGAAAAAGAGAGAGAAAUGGCUGACCCAGAAGGAAGUGGAUGCCAAGUGGACUGAUCAGGAACUUGAAGUCCACUUGGCAUCAGGUCGGCUGAUCUACAGAGAAGCUGGCCACAAUGUCUGGGAAUACCAGGACACCCAGGACAUUGAGAAGACUGUUGCAGGUAAGAGGCCCCUGCAAGACCAGUUUGGGCAGGAGUAUGAGCUGGAGGAAGUGCAUGAGGCAGAGUGGUGCAAAAUGUUGGAAAAGGAUUUGCGCAGCAUUUUGCUGGGAGGCCUUGAAAAAGGCAAAGGCUCUGCCAAGGGCUCUGGCCUUGAGAAAGGCAAAGGCAAAGGUAAAGCCAGGGCCAAGCCCAAGCCCCAGCCCCUUGAGGAUGCUGAUGAGGAGCCAAUGGACCUGGCAACUGCCUUGAAAAAGGCAAAGAAGACCAGGGACAUGCUCACCAGCACCUCCAGCAACUUUGAGGAAGCCUUGAAAAAGGUGGAAAAGAGCCCUUACCUGAGCAAGCAAUCCUUCAAGGACAAGCAAGGUGUUCUGGAUGGCCUCCAUGAAAUGGUGAAGAAAACCAAAAAACUCCUUGGGAGGGGAGGGAAGGACAAAGUGGAGGUUCUGAAGGAGCACAUCCUGGAGGCAUGUGCUUGCAUGAAGGAUGCCAAGGAGGAAGCCAAAGAGCUUGUACAGAUUAGCUUUAAAGCUGUGAGCAAGGCUGCUUCCUCCAAGGCCAAGAAAUGUAUCUACAUCCUUGACGACAAGGACAACAAGGAUGACAAGGAGGACGAGGAGGAGGAGGCUUGUGCCUUGAAAAAGGAGACUGCCUUGAAAAAGGAGAGUGCCUUGAACAAGGAAGAUGCCUUGAAAAAGGAUGAGGGCCAGAAAGCUGGAAGCAGUAAAGACACCUUGAAAAAGGUGCCGCAGGGAAAUGCCUUGAAAAAGGAUGAUGGCCAGAAAGCUGGAAGCAAAGAGACCUUGAAAAAAGUAAGCACAGAGAAAAAGAACACAUCCUUGAAAAAGGUAAAGAAGGAAAUUUUGAAGAAAAAAGAGAGAACCUUGAAAAAGGGCGACAGCCCCUUGAAAAAGGAAGCUGUAGAAAAUGCCAUUGUGCCAAAGGGAAGGUCAUUAAAGGCCAGAGUGAGUGAUGUCUCCCUGGACUCUGAUGGCUUCCCCAAGGUUUUGGCCAGCCCACAGAAAGGGGCAAGCCCACCAAGGUUGUGGAAGAAAAAGAGGGGCAACUUUCAGCCACAAGCUUCUGCAGAAGUGCAUGGUGGUUUGAAAGAUGCCAUGGGUGUCUUGAAAAAGCCAUCUGCCAAACAGGAGAAGGAAGAUGCCUUGAAAAAGGCAUUGGCUUCUGUGGAGAAGCAGAAAGCUGAAGCUCUUGAAAAAGAGCAUGAGGAGGAGGAAGCCUUGAAAAAGGUUGAGCAUGCCCUGGAUGCCCAUUCUGCCAGAGGGAAGAAUGGGCCCAGGAGCAGGUCUCUGAGCAGGGCUUGCCUCACUAGAAGGGAGGAGGUGGCAAAGAAGGAAGCCCUCAGGGAGAGACUGAGUGUCCACCUGGAGAGGCUGAAGGAGGCCAGUGAAUCCAGCAAAAGGGCAGCCUCCAGACCUCCCUUGAAAAAGGGAAAGAACCAGACCCAGGCCUCCAGCUCCUUGAAAAAGGAGGCAGAGAAGCCAUGUGUGGUGCUGGACUGGCACAAUACCCUUGAAAAAGGGAACAAGAUGCCAGAAGCCAGCCUGCAGGCUCUGGAGCAGCUGCUGACUGUUGUGGAUGUCCACAUCAUCAGCUGGGUGGGAUCUGAGGACAGGUUUGAAAAAACCAUGGACCAGAUCCCAAAGCUGCUGGGCUCCACCUUGAAAAAGGUGAAGUCCUACAGGUGCACCUAUGCCUUCACUGGGCAUGACUCCAAAGUGGACUGGGCAUGCCACUUUGGAGCCCUGUGCAUCAUGGAUGACAACUCAGAGGUCAUCAAUGAGGCCAACUCCUGGGGCCUCAAGGCCUACCAAAUUGGUAGGGGGGGCUACUGGCAGCUUGCAGAUGCAGUAGCUCAGGUCAUGGUGGACCUGCCUGGUCUGAAGCCAUGGACUGAGGAGGAAGAGCCUUGA